CUGGAGCCCCUGUAUUUUCUCAGGCCUGUGAUUUGUCGUUUCCCUGAUCAAUGGUCGCGUGGGGCAACGAGGACUUCAUCUGGUGCAAACAAGAGAAAGUGAAAACGGAGCAGACUUCUGAGCACUCAAAAGUUUCAUUUCAGUUGUGACCUUGAAGAAUAACUGCAUAAAAUGGCCAAUGACAUUGAUGAAGCUCAGGCAGAGCUGGACUCCGUGGAGGCAGAGUUGGAGAUGGUAGCACUUCAGAUCUCUGAGCUGCUGGAGAAACAGGAGAAGCUGAACUGCAGGAAGAACAAACUUCUCAAGAUCCUGGAGGGAGACUGCAGCUCCGCCCAGCCCUCAGGAUCCAGCAAAGCUCCUAAACCUUCCAAACCCUCUUUUAGCAAACAGGACCUAAAGCACUAUGAAGAGUCAGAUUUCUCCUGGUCAGAAGAAGUUCAGGAGAAGCUGGUGAGUGUAUUCAAGCUCUCCAAAUUUCGGCCACUGCAACUAGCAGCUAUUAAUCUCAGCAUGUCAGGGAAAGACCUGUUCCUGGUAAUGCCCACCGGACGAGGGAAAAGUCUGUGUUACCAGCUGCCAGCCCUCUGCUCUAAGGGUUUUACAUUAGUUAUCGCUCCCCUGGUGUCUCUGAUGGAAGAUCAACUGAUGUAUCUGAAGUCCAUUAAUGUCUCUGCAGUUACUUUAAAUGCCUCCAGUACAAAGGAGGAAUCCAAGUGGAUCCUGGCAGGCAUGUUGGAUAAAAACAGCCCCUUCAAAUUGCUGUAUGUAACCCCGGAGAAAAUCGCCAAGAGCAAGAUGCUGAUGUCAAAACUGGAGAAGGCCUACAACAUGGGUCUACUGGCACGCAUCGCUGUGGAUGAAGUUCACUGUUGCAGUCAAUGGGGGCAUGACUUCAGGCCAGAUUACAAGCUCCUGGGGAUUCUGAAGCGGCAGUUCUCAAAGGUUCCAUUGGUCGGAUUGACUGCCACGGCGACCAGCAACGUUCUUAAAGAUUGCCAGAAGAUUUUGUGUGUUCAAGAGCCCAUCACUCUGACAGCACCGUUCAACAGAGUAAACCUUUAUUAUGAGGUUCGUUUUAAAGAUAAUGAGGACUGUAUAGAUGAGAUUGCAGCAUUAAUCAGGGGAAGAUACAAAAACCAGUCAGGAAUUGUGUAUGUAUUCUCCCAGAAGGAUGCAGAAGUUGUGGCUACCGACCUGCAGAAGAGGGAUAUUGUUGCUCAGCCGUACCACGCCAACAUGCAGCCUGCAGACAAAUCUCUGGUUCAUCAACGAUGGUCCACCAAAAAGAUUCAGGUUGUCGUUGCCACUGUGGCGUUUGGGAUGGGCAUUGACAAGGCUGAUGUGCGAUUUGUUAUCCAUCACACAAUUAGCAAGUCCAUUGAAAAUUACUAUCAGGAGAGUGGACGUGCAGGGAGGGAUGACGGUCCAGCUGACUGCAUUGUGUUCUAUGGGUUUUCAGACAUCUUCAGAAUAAGCACAAUGGUUGUGAUGGAGAACACUGGGCAGCAGAAGCUACAGAAUAUGGUGGCUUAUUGUCAAAAUGUGGACAGGUGUCGGCGUGCUAUGAUGGCAAUUCAUUUUGAUGAAGUUUGGAAUGAUGACGAGUGCAACAAAAUGUGUGAUGUGUGUCGUCAUGGCAACGACUACAUCACAAUGGACAUCACCAAGCAUGCACGUCAGGUUGUUGAGAUAGUAGAGCUGGCCAGAUCUAUGGAAGAAAAGUUGACCCCUCUGAAAAUCUGCGAUGCUUGGAUGGGGAAGGGGCCUGCUAAGCACCGCAAAACUACAAAGAUCACAUCCCUGUCACGCUUGGAGAUGGAGUGCGUUAUCAUUCACCUCUUGUUGCAUGGAUACUUCAGUGAGGACUUUAGCUUCACUCCCUACACAACCCACUUCUACCUGAAGCUGGGGCGUAAAGCAGCUCUCCUGAAAAACGACAGUCACUCCAUCACUAUGAAGAUGAAGAGGAGAGUGCCGUCACACAGCACAGAUGUUCAUUUAGAAGGUGAGUCUCAAGAGGAAGUAGAGACGGCCUUGACUGCCAUUAAGAGACUUGACAAAACUAAAAUCCACAAGGACCACCACAACAUGGAGAAGAGGCUUGCUCAGAGCCAGAUAGACGAUCUUGCUUCAGAAGCGAGUGAAUUUGUAAAGCAAACCUCAGUGUUUGAUGUUGAGGUCAAUGUAGUCCAACACAACAGUGUGACUGAAGAAGAAGAAGAAACUAACAAAGGUCUUCAGAACACCCCUAAACAACAAUCAACAUCAAGAAGGCAAAAACCACUUACUACUAAAUCAAACUGCACUGCCAAUGCUGAGCAGCCAAAACCAGAUCUGAUGAGCACACCUUCAGAGAUCUCCAUUACAUCCGCAGCAGCUGUGGAGGAGUUACACCAUCUCCGAAGUUAUUAUAGAAAACAAUUAAGAAGGAUCAACUACGUUUCCCAUGAGCACUUGCAAAGCUCCCAGCCUGGAAUGCUGACAUGUAUGAUGGAGCCCUUCAAAAGCAUUCAGUUCCCAUCAAGGACAACCAUAACCAGAGGUGCAAGAAAUCUAUGGACUCGUGUUAGUAUGAGAAGAAAGCUCAUACAGUGAUUGUGUUCUGAAUGUUUGUUGUUUAGGCCUAACCUACAUUUUUUAUUUUUAUACUCAUUAUGUUUUACUUAAUUCGGUGAUUAAUGUUGCUAGAGGCACUUUUAGACCUCUUUUUGUUUAUUAAAAAGUCCUUUCCAAUAUUUUAUUCACAAACACUUAAAACGGUCUCUCAACUUUUUCUUUUUUUUUUUUUUUCCUUUUCUCCCAAUUUUAUAUUUAGCAUAUUUAAUCAUCCAGAACUAUUUUAGGAAUGUAAAAGUCAAGCAUUGGGCAAAACCAAUCAGUGUCAUAUGUAAUAAACCGGCGUCACUAUUUGUAGCCUAUUAUUUUCUCCCUGUUUAAUUAGCUAGUUUUUAUUUGUAAAAGAAAACAUACUUUUUCACUGCUGUAAUUGCAAAGUGCUUACAGAAUCACCUGCUACAAUUGCUUCAGGGAUGUGUUUUGCUGCUGUAUUGUUUACAUCACAUUAUAUAUCAACAUACAGAAUAUGUAUGUUAUGUUUAAUUUGGCUUUGGGGUUAGUUUGUUGCACAGAAAUAUAGAGAACAUUUGAAACAAAUAUGACUCAUGUUUGUGU